AUGACUAACAGCAAUCGUUCGUCCUAUAUUCGUGUCGAAGAUCAAAAUCAAUCGGCAUUAAACGAACUAUUUUCAGUUGUGAACAAUCCAACAACAUAUCGUUCACAACUACAAUCGAAACCAUUCCGUGAUCGUGGUUUACCUGAAUCAUUUUUUCAACCGCCAUUAUCAUCGUCAAAUAAUAGUUUACCGAAAUCUGCUGCAUCAUCAUCGAAUUCAAUUAGCAAUGAACAACAAAUUGUGCACCGUCAACAUUCAAAAAAUCAACUUAGUCUACCAAACAUUCCAUCACAAUCAGCAACAUUAUUACGUACAAUAAUUAAUAAUAAUCAUGUGCAAGGACAUUUACGAACUGCUAGUGAUACAGCUGUGCUCGAUGGACAAGGUACAACAAUGGCAUCUGCAAAUACAACAUUAUCACAAAUAAAUUCACAAGUUUCAUUACUUCCUCUACCCGAUGGUUGGGAAGAAAAACAAACACCCGAUGGACAAACAUAUUACAUUGAUCAUAUAACAAAAUGUACGACUUGGAUGGAUCCACGGCCAAAUCACUAUGCAGCCUUUCAAUCAUUUUGUGCUACAUUACCAUUACCCGAUGGUUAUGAACAAUCGCGCGAUGCCCGAGGCAAUAUGUACUAUAUUGAUCAUAAUCAUAAACAAACUUAUUGGGAUGAUCCACGGCCAAACUAUUAUCGUGCGAUGAUGACCCAACGACUUGAUGUACCCAUUCCGCCAACACCAAUGUCAAUUCCACAGUCAUCAACAUCGCCUAUUCCAACAUCAUCAUCGCCAUUUCAUCAACAAAGACUUUCAUCAACUCUUUCGCCAACAACAAGUAUGGCUCAAUUGACAACAAAUUCUCCACCUGUGGCUUCUCUUCAACCAGAUCCAUUGAAAAAUAAACUUACAGAAAUUUUGAGUGAACAACGAGCUUUACAACAACGUAAAGAAGAAUUAGAAAAAAUGGAAGUUGAUAUACGCAAAAUGCUCAAUCAUCGUGUUACGACGAAUAAUCUAACGGUUGAUCAGACAACACUCGAUUCAUUAAUUGAUGAGUUACUUCAUCAUAAACGACAAAAUAGUGAAGAUAGUGGAGUUGGUGAAGGUCGAAAUAGUAUGAGUCGAACGCCUGAUGCAUUAAGUUCGACGGAUUAUGUAGAUGAUUCUCUUUUUCUUAAUCAAGCAGAUUACGCUUCAAUUCCGGUGGACAUGGAACUCCCAGUGCAGGAUCAUCGGCCAAUGGUAGUUUUGGACGAUUCGCAACUUAAAAUAAAAUCUAUGAAACACAGUCACCAAUGGCUGUAUCAUGCCAAUAUCUAA